AUGUUGGGAUGCCUGCCUUCCACCGUUAACGGUGCUCUCCCUUUCUUCUCUUCUCACUAUCACCGUUCCUUGAGCUCUCUGCCUGCAACAAUCUUCAACACCCGGGGAUUGCAAGGAAAUGAAGAUGUUCGACUUGUUAAACGUAGAACCAGAGGACAAGCAUUUCGGGUCUUGGCUAAUCCUAAACUUACUCCAGGAAAAGGAAUUCCAAAAGAGGUGAUCAUGGUUGAUCCUUUGGAGGCCAAGCGCUUAGCAGCCAAAGAAAUGCAAGUGAUCCAAGCAGCAGAGAGACUGAGAAGACAACGUCAAAUUGAAGCAGUUAAUGGAGCUUGGGCAAUGAUUGGUCUUACAGCAGGGUUGGUAAUUGAAGGGCACACUGGAAAUGGUUUUUUGGCUCAGUUGAUUGGAUAUUGGAGAGCACUCUUCGGUUUCUUUGUUCGAUAGGUUCAUAUACUCUGUUAAGUUGAUAUUCAAGACCGGGGUGAAGAACUUAACCCGAUUGCAGAAUCAUUCUUUCAAACUAAGAAUGUAAAAAUAUUUUUCUUUCCAUUUUUCCUGCUUCCAUACACUUAUAUUGGUGUGAAAUAUUAAAUUGUAUGGUAUAUUUGCCUUGAUACUGCAAGUGAUUUGAAAGAAAUGAUUCUCUG